AUGAUCUAUCCAGUCUUUCUUUUGCCUGUUACUUAUGGCUUUGUAACAGAUCAUUAUCUCCAAGUGAGGACAAGAGUGGAAAUGAUACUAGACAAGAGAAGGACCAACAAAAUUCCCCUGCGUCUCCUACAUAUGAUAGCGAUGCUGAUCCCGAAUUUGUUCCAGACACUAAAAGUGAAUCAGAGGAAGAACCCAAAAGAAACAUUCCGAAACAAAAACAGAUAAAUUAUG